AUGCCACUCACUCCUUCCAGUUCUCCUGGGUCUUCUCAGAAUCCUUUCAGUUCUCUUGGGGCUUCUCUGAAUCCUUUCAGUCCUCCUGGGGCUUCUCAGAAUCCUUUCAGUUCUCCUGGGGCUUCUUUGAAUACUUUCAGUACUCCUGGGGCUUCUCAGAAUCCUUUCAGUCCUCCUGGGGCGUCUCAGAAUUCUUUCAGUUCUCCUGGGGCUUCUCAGAAUCCUUUCAGUUCUCCUGGGGAUUCUCAGAAUCCUUUCAGUCCUCCUGGGGAUUCUCAGAAUCUUUUCAGUUCUCCUGGGGCUUCUCUGAAUCCUUUCAGUUCUCCUGGGGAUUCUCAGAAUCCUUUCAGUUCUCCUGGGGCUUCUUUGAAUACUUUCAGUACUCCUGGGGCUUCUCAGAAUCCUUUCACUCCUCCUGGGGCUUCUCAGAAUUCUUUCAGUCCUCCUGGGGCUUUUUAG